AUGCGAAUCGAUAAGUGGCUGGAUUCUCAACGUCUGCUCAUGGACAGUGUUCGUCAAAAGCUCAUCUGUGGAAUCCAGGGUGGUGACCGUAAGGGGUUCCAAGGGGUUCAAAAUGCUUUACAUCAUUUAGACAAUAAGGGCGACGGCUUUUUGGAUGUGAAGAUAUUCACAAAAAAGUUUCUCCAGCAUCUUAAGGUUCCGUUGACGCGACCAGAACGAGAAUUCUUACUGGAACAACUUAAAGCACAGAGCUUCGAAGAGGAGCGAGAUGUCAUCGACUAUGAACAGCUUGGCCCUCCAUCCCCUUCGAAAACUUCUCAACUUGGUGCCAACUUCCUCGCAGCUGAGAAACAGCUCAAGGAGUUUUUACAUGCCCCCAAAAGUAUCUCUGUAGACACCCCGCGCUGUCUCGUUACUGGAGCAGAAGAGUUUCUUGAACUUGCAGAAGCAAUGGAUCAAGAUAAUACUGGUCUGCUGUACGAAGACGAAUACUCGCGAAUUCUGUCGAAAUGCGGAGUUGACAUUGAUCCGGAUCUUCUCAAAGAAAUGCUCUCACGAUUCUCACGUUCGCCCGGAAAUCUGAUCAGCUACACCGCGUUUCUUCAACGCUACGGGCAGAAUCCUCAACAUUCUCGAGGGAGGCGAGAACUUAAGCAGCUCGUUCUCCACCUUUUGGCGCGGCUAACUGUACCUGUAUCCGAGUGGACCCGGUUCUUGCACCAGCGAUUCGAGAAAUACGAUCGCAAAUUGCAUGGCUACAUCAAAAGUUCACUUCCAACAGAAGCUUUUAUGCGUGCGGUUCAGGGCCGCUCCAUCGUGUUCAAGCUAACGACGGACGAAGCAGCACAAGUGACGUCGCUCUUUCUUCGUUUUUCCUCGAAUUCUUCAACGAAGCAUCUCCACUAUCGCCCAUUCCUUACGUAA